GCAGUCAUGGAGGCAGGUCUGAACUGCGGGUAAACACUGGAAAAACACGGGGAAAAAACACGGGACACGGGACGGGGGGAGGCACACUGUGGACACACGGUACAUCACGGCACUGGGCGUUUCAUAAAAGCCAAAAUGCCGCAUGAAGCUUGUCCUUAUCGGUCAUGACUGCGCUACAGUGCCAUAGUAGCUAGCCGUUAGUAGCUAGCUGUUAGCAUGCUAGCUUUGGAGGGAGGAGGAGAAGCCACUAGCAGCGACUUUUCUCUGCUGCUUUGAUCGGUUUGCUUUACGUCAUUAGCUCAGUGAUUCGCCCAGUGGUUUAGCCCGAUGUCAGGUAGAGAAUAACAUUAGCUCGCCCCGCGCCCGGCAUCGGAUUACCGCAUUUAUCACUGGUUUUCACUGUGCUCUGUUUGCCAGCGUCUUGACACAUCUUUGGACGUGGACAACUGCAUCAUGCUACAGUAGAAGUUCAGAUCGAGCAAAUGAAAUCACUGGUCCAGGAUGCAGAGAAGGAGGGAGUCGAUUCCGAGGAGCCGGUGUCAAUGCCUUCUCCCUCGGCCUCUGUUUCUCCAGACGCUCCCAGUGUCACCAUAACAGGACGAGAUGCAAACACUCUGAGCACCUGUCGAAAUAGAAGCAAAAGCAGAGGGAAACCAGCCAAAGAGGACAAAAACAUAUGUGUCAAACAGUAUAAAGACCCGGCUUUGCACAGCUCUCUUCUGGGACCAAAACAAAACACACAAGACAAUGAGAGAACUCUUCUGAUCAGAGGUACUGAAAAAGUUCUCCAUGGUAGAUCCGAGCCCAAUGGGAACUACAUGAACAACCCCCAUUUGAAAAACAUUCAAGAUCAUGAAAAUGGAAUUAAACAUCCACGGAAGAAGAAGCCAGUGACCGUGGACUCAGCCAAAGCCAAAACCUCACUGGAGGCUCUGAAAAUCAGCAUCAAACAUCUCAAAUGGAAAGAGUUUCCCAUGGGACGACGAGCUGCCUGUGACAUAUAUUGGCACGGUGUGUCUUUCCACGACAAUGAAAAUAUUGUCUCUGGACAAGUCAACAAGUUUCCAGGAAUGGUUGAGAUGCUGAGGAAGAUCAGCAUGAGCCGUGCUAUGCGUACUAUGCAGGAGCUGUUCCCAGAGGAGUAUGAUUUCUAUCCCCGCUCUUGGAUUUUACCUGAAGAGUACCAGCAGUUCACCACACAGAUUCGCAUGGUGAAGGAGAGCGAUGCCACGGUCAACCGCACCUUUAUAGUUAAACCAGAUGGGGGCUCUCAGGGAGACGGUAUCUACCUCAUCCGUGACCCCAGUGACCUGAAGCUUGUUGCUGGCUCACAGGCCAAACAGGGGGUAGUCCAGGAAUACAUUCAUAAGCCAUUACUCAUCGACAAGCUGAAAUUUGACAUCCGCCUGUAUGUGCUCAUCAAGUCACUUGAACCACUGGAGAUCUACAUUGCCAAGGAAGGGCUGACACGCUUUUGCACUGAGCCUUACCAGGAGCCAAGCCAGAAGAAUUUGAGCCAUGUCUUCAUGCAUUUGACAAAUUACUCCCUUAAUGUUCACAGUGGCAACUUUGUCCACUCCGACAGCCAGAGCACAGGUAGCAAGCGCAGUCUUUCCAGUGUGCUGUACAGGCUCGCUGCUAAAGGAGUGGACAUCAAGAAGGUGUGGUCUGACAUUAUCGCAUUAGUCAUUAAGACUGUUAUUGCUGUGGUGCCUGAACUGAAGGUCUACUAUCAGGCAGAAAUACCUCCUGGCAAACCUGGACCUACAUGCUUUCAGAUAUUAGGAUUUGAUAUACUUCUGAUGAAGAACUUGAAACCAAUUCUGCUAGAAGUGAACUCUAAUCCAAGCAUGAGGAUUGAGCAUGAGCAAGAGGUCGCACCAGGUGUUUUUGAAUAUGUUCCCAGUCCUGUGGAUGAAGAGGUGAAAGUGAAUGUGAUCAGAGACACACUGCGCCUUAUGGAUCCCAGCCGCAAGAAACCGCCAAUAGCGCUGCCCAAACCUGGAGGAGAAGCUUCAGAAGAGAUUUCUGCAGAGCCUGAGUCCCCUGUGCCCAGUCCAGAGGAGGCUCUGCCCUCUCUGUGUCUCAAACAGGUCUACCCCAAAUACACCAAACAGUUCAACCAUCUGCGUUUGGUGGAGCGCAUCGCAGCCCUCUUCAUCCGCUUCCUGGGGGUUAAAGGCAACAUGCGCCUGGGCCCUACAGCCUUUAGGACCUUCAUCAGAACCUGCAAACUGAGCAACAGUAGUUUCACAAUGGCUUCCGUCGACAUUCUCUACAUUGACAUCACACGACGUUGGGCAGGAGCAGCGGCAGACUCCAGAGAAGCUGGGAUGGGUCUGCAGGCGUUCGUGGAGGCCUUCUUCUCACUGGCUGCGCGCAAGUUCAAGUCUCUGGCCCAGAGGCAACAGGUGGUGGCUCUGCUGGAGCUGUGUGAGCUGAGUGUGUGUGAAGAGCGACGCUCUGUGAGCUGCAGCCGCGCUCUGUCUGGAGGCUCCAGGACUCUGCCUCAUACUGCACACCUGUCUCCUGUUCCUCUGAGGAGAGCAGUCAGCCAGGACCAGCGCCUUCACUACAGACUCAAAGCCCGUACCCUCCGGGUCAACGCAGACAACUGAGGGGCUGCCUUACACUGUGGCCAGAGAGGGGCAUGAUGGGAGGAGGAGGGUUGCAUCCUGACUGAGUGAACAGUGCAUGAUUGUUCAGUGUUACAGGGUUGAAGGAGCAGGGAGUCAGAUUUAAGGCCUGACCAUAGACACUAUGGCUCGUUUUACUGGGCAGCUAUUGGCUUCCAUCUACUGUAUGUGCAAACACAUCUACUUUAUUGUGACUGAAAAACUAGCUUUACCACUGGCAUUUAUAAAGCACUAAGCAGUGUCAAGGAUGUGUAUUUACUUUAAAAUUGCACUUGAGUUUUGUUUGCACAGGUUGAAUGCAAGUGUGAUUGGUUCAUUCUGAGUGUUGUGUGUAUUUAUUGUUCUAGGAUCUACUGGGAAAGACUCGGCGCAGCCAGUGGCUGAGCCGCACAUCGCAGCUUCUUAAGCCCAUUAGCUGUGAGUUAAGUGAAUAAGUAUUCAAAUGGAAAAGGCCACUUAUCCUAUUUCAGUUCAGCAGCAAUUCCAGUCAGGCAGCCUCCACCCGCAAGUGAUGGAUGGAAAGAAUCUUAGGAAGUAAGUUGCCAUUAGCAAACUAAUUACUUGAGCAGUAAAAGCAUGGUGCAUAAUUUCUUACAUAAUGGUCAAAGGAUAAAAACUACAUAGGUAUUUAAGGUAAAACUAAGCUUAGUAUGUACUCUUUCACUUAUGCAAACACGUUUGUCAGAUCACGUUUUAGUAAAGAACUUAAACAUUAAUCAGACACUGUAAGUGGCAUAUAAAUGUAUUCACAAAACUAUAAAUAAAAUCAUUGCUCUUU